AUGGCGCGCCUCGGCCCCGCGCUCCUCCUGGCGCUGCUGCUGCUGCUGUGGCCGCGGGCGCUGCGGGCCAAGCCCACGGUGCGCAAGGAGCGCGUGGUGCGGCCCGACUCGGAGCUGGGCGAGCGGCCGCCCGAGGACAACCGGAGCUUCCAGUACGACCACGAGGCCUUCCUGGGCAAGGAGGACUCCAAGACCUUCGACCAGCUCAGCUCGGAGGAGAGCAAGGACCGGCUGGGGAAGAUUGUUGAUCGAAUCGACAAUGACGGGGAUGGCUUUGUCACCUCUGAGGAGCUGAAAACCUGGAUCAAACGGGUGCAGAAAAGAUACAUCUACGAUAAUGUCGCCAAAGUCUGGAAGGAUUAUGAUCGGGACAAAGACAAUAAAAUUUCCUGGGAAGAGUACAAACAAGCCACCUACGGUUACUACCUGGGAAACCCAGCUGAGUUUCAGGAUACUUCAGAUCAUCACACCUUUAAAAAGAUGCUGCCUCGUGACGAGAGAAGGUUCAAGGCUGCAGACCUCGAUGGGGACCAGACUGCCACCCGGGAGGAGUUCACUGCCUUUCUGCACCCUGAGGAGUUUGAGCACAUGAAGGAAAUUGUGGUUCUGGAAACUCUGGAGGACAUCGACAAGAACGGGGACGGGUUUGUGGAUCAGGACGAGUACAUUGCGGAUAUGUUUUCCCACGAGGAGAACGGCCCUGAGCCAGACUGGGUUUUGUCAGAACGGGAACAGUUCAAUGAGUUCCGGGAUCUGAACAAGGAUGGGAAGUUGGACAAAGAUGAGAUUCGCCACUGGAUCCUCCCUCAAGACUACGACCAUGCGCAGGCUGAGGCCAGGCACCUGGUGUACGAGUCAGACAAAAACAAGGAUGAGAAGCUGACGAAAGAGGAGAUCCUGGAGAACUGGAACAUGUUUGUGGGAAGCCAAGCCACCAACUAUGGGGAGGACCUCACCAAGAACCACGACGAGCUCUGAGCCCUCGCCAGGUGCGGCCGUCGCGGGCCUCCCUGCCUUGUCCCGGACGGUUGCUGCACUUCUCACAUUCACAGCAUCUGUGUCCCCAAAAGCAAGUGUAUAACCUCAGAUGGGGGUUAAAAUUGUUUUCACUCAAUGUUUACCGGAAAAUAGUCAUCACUAUUGUUUCAGUAAGAUUUCUCUCAAAACACACAUGAAAAUCUUGGUAAAUUGCAGUGCUCUAUGAGGAUAAUUGCUAAAACAUGACUUUUUAGUUUUUUCCAUUAAAUUUAAACUAAAGAGGAACAAAAUUUGGAAAACCACUGUUAUUCAGAAGUUGGGGGGACAGUAUAUGGAGUGACUAUGUAUUUUAACUGUGGAUUUUUUCAUCUACCACUGGUGAAUAGUUGGGGAGGGGAAAUUCUGGUUAAGCUACAGUGGUGUCAUCCUAGUAGGCUUAUUUCAGAGCAAGUCUAAUACUUGAGGUUCUUCUCUCUUGACUUUGUACUCGGAGCUGUUACUGUAAAUGGCAUAUGAAGCCUCUGUGCAUUUUUCUGCACGGACCUGCUAAUGUGCACAACAGACCCACAUCUUUAUUUUUUGUUUUUACAAGAAGAAGCAAUCAAGAAA